AUGAGUCGCGGCUUUAGUUUUCGACUCUUGCAUCGAGUCGUUCUCUUUUCCUUCUGUCUGAUUUUCGCCUGUUUUUAUCAUGGUGGUGGUUCAGAGUAUGACAGGCGAGGAGGUAAAACAGAACCGAACAAAUUAAAAGAUCAAUUCAAAGGUAAACCCUUGAAUGUUGACGCUUCUCUCGAACAAGACGAACGCGUCCCUAACUUGACAGAAAAUGCGAAACAAAUCGAUGGCCGCAAGGCGCGGAAGAAAACUGAUAUUUCAAAGAUAGUUGGAAAAGGUACAUUGAAAAUGUAAGAAUGUUAGCACUUCACAAGGAGUAGUUGUUAACCAUAAUUUAUUUUAGGAACUUGGAUGAAAACCCUCCGAAGUGAAAGAAUACAAAAGAGCCCAGUACUGCCUUUUUCAAUUCCAUCGCCGUCUGAGGUAAACGUUCCACGCAAAGAAUCGACAACCAUCUCCCACUCAAAUGAGACAAAGUGGCAAAACGAUGGCAGUAAAAAUAUAUCUUCAUUGAAAAAUCAAAUUUUUCACCAAAAUCACUUGAGAGAAACAGCCAAAAGAGAAACGUUCGCUUCACUCGCAACUCAACAUCUCCGGAACAGACGUGAAAUUGAUGCGAUCUUGGCAAGUCCGACCGAAUGCGCCAAUUUUACUUUUACUAUAAAGUAUGAAGAUAACUACAGAGUAUGGAACAACCUUUCAAUGAUGCGCCAAAGCCGAAUGUACCGUUAUAACGAGUACAGAGUAACGGACGAUCGUCUACAAGUUUGUAAUUCUUCUGACACCCUUAUUAAACAAAGAUGGUGGGAUCUGAUUGCUCGGGAAAAGGAAGUGUUGGCUUCCAAACAUUGUAAUGUAUCCGUGGACGCGUUUUACUACUCCAAUUACACAUUAUACAAAAAUUUUACUGUUUUCUUCAAACCUACUCAGCAGAGUUUCACAAGGCAAGAUUACGGAGUGACUUUUGGAUAUUUUGCAAUUUGUUCGUCAAAGCUUAGUCUGUCUUGCAAUGAUUAUUUGUUUAAAGUGAAAUACGGCGAUCAGUACAACGUUUUCCAAAACUUUUCGCUGUUUUACAACAACAAGAUGUAUGAUUAUCGUGAAUAUCGAUUCGGAAACGAAGGUCUUGAAAUGUGUGCUUCCAAUGAUUCAAGAAUACGGGCCAUUUGGAGAACUCGAAAUUCGUGGGAAAAGUUUAAAGAUCGGUAUAAAUGCCGCGGAUCUCUUUAUAUAUUAUCAGCAAGGUAUUACACUGUGAAUAAGCAGCUCCCUGUCUAUUUCGGAGGUAAUGGUCAAUAUUUCACAAGAAACGAGUAUGGGGCGCACGACGGUAAACCUUAUGUAUGCAAACAAAAGUUCAGACCCCAAUCAACAGAGUAUACCCAGGAAGAUCUAUCAAUGUGCAACGAUUCAAUCAUCAAUAUAAAAUACGAUGAUGAAUACAAAGUUCGGACUGACUUUUCAAUACUUUAUAAGAACAAGGUGUACGAUUAUACUGAGUAUCGAGUUCUGAAUGAUAGCAUAAAGAUUUGUAACUCCACUGAUAACUACGUACAGAAUAUUUGGAAAGUACGCAAUAAAUGGGUAAAGGCGCGAAUGCAUGAAAAAAGUUGCAAUAAACCCAUUAGAACAUUUUGGCCUAACCGAAAGUAUUACACUGUGAAUAAGCAGUUCACUGUCUAUUUCGCAGCUACGAGUCAAUAUUUCACAAGAAAUGAGUAUGUGGUGGAAGGCACCCAAUUUUAUAUAUGCGAAAAUAAGUUGAAACGCAGAUCAACAGAGUAUGCCCAGGAAGAUCAAUUAAUGUGCAACGAUUCAAUCAUCAAUAUAAAAUACGAUGAUGAAUACAAAGUUCGGACUGACUUUUCAAUACUCUAUAAGAACAAGGUGUACAAUUAUACUGAGUAUCGAGUUCUGAAUGAUGGCAUAAAGAUUUGUAUCUCCACUGAUAACGACGUAAGGAACAUUUGGAAAGUACGCAAUAAAUGGGUAAAGGCGAAAAUGCAUCAGAAAAGUUGCAAUAAAUCCAUUAGACAGUCUUGGUUGUACCGACAGUAUUACACUGUGAAUAAGCAGUUCACUGUCUAUCAAGCAGGUAGGAGUCAAUACUUCACAAGAAAUGACUAUGGGGUGAGAGACAGUAAACCUUAUAUAUGCCAAGGAAAGUUGAGACCUAUAUCAACAGAGUAUACCCAGGAAGAUCUAUUAAUGUGCAACGAUUCAAUCAUCAUUAUCAAAUACAAUGAUGAAUACAAAGUUCCGACUGAAUUUUCAAUAGUCUAUGAGAACAAGGUGUACGAUUAUACUGAGUAUCGAGUUCUGAAUGAUGGCAUAAAGAUUUGUAACUCCACUGAUAACUACCUAAAGAAUAUUUGGAAAGUACGGAAUAAAUGGGUAAAGGAGAGAAUGCAUCGCGCAAUUUGCAAUGAACCCAUUAGAACCAUUUGGCCUUACCGAGCGUAUUACACUGUGAGUAAGCAGUUUACUGUGUAUUUCCCACCAACGUGUCAUGUAUGUUGA